CAGAGAGCGCCGUCGUGAAGGAGAGGCGAAGCACAUGAUAACAAAAUAAUGUGAAUAUUAGGAAUCGCAUGAAAAUAAAUGCAUAAAUAUCGGUCAAAAAGCGCUUCCGCUGCUUGAUUAGAUAAAAGCAGAAAACAUAAGUUGUUCCUGCACUGAACCAGCCAUCAACGACGUGUAAGAUCAAUCACCUCGCCAAAUCCUGUCAGCAUGUCUAGCUCAUUUGUAGCAGACACUUCGGAGCAAAAGCAGGAUGGCUCUGUUGUGAUUGUACUGAACGAAGAUGGUACAGUCUCACUUGAUGAGCAGACACUGCAAAAGCUACUUGCGGCUAAAACUCUUCAGCAGCAAGUGAGCGUGGUGCGUAUGAAUCAAAGUGGGGAAGGUGGCGAAAUGAUGAGUACACCCAUCACACUGGACGACGUUGUUGUCUCCGACGAAGGCCAACCAGAGGUCAAUCUGACCGUCGAAGGCUUCUAUCCCAGUGCUGUUGCAACAGAUACCACACCCUCAUCAGCCGACCCUAUGAAUCCAUUUAUGCAAAUGGACCCCGAGCAGCUAGAAAAACUGGAGAAUGCUCUGCAGUCCGAGCAGGCAAAGCAAAUUCUUGGCGAAGGUGUCAGCGCCAUGCUAGACAUGUUAACAGCCAAGGAGGAAAAGACUGAAGAGUCCAGCAAGAAAGCAACAAGUAUUCAGCUGGACCAUUGUUACACGGGAAGUUCCAAAAGUGGUGCUGCAGAGGUUUCGGCUGAGGAGACUGAGAGUGACGAAGAAGAGCUGGAGAGAAAAAGGAGGUCCCAGAGAGGAAAGGGUCGAGCAACUAGAGGAGGUAAAACUGUUCCAGUGAGUCCUGCGAAGACAAGGACAACCCCUCCUGCAGCAACUCGAAAAUCAGCCCGAGCUCAAGCAGCUGCUCCUGCACCUCCUCCUGAAAGCACCCCUCCUGCAGAGUUGACAAAAUUGGGCCAGUCGCCAGCCAAAACUCUGCUGAGAACUUCCAAAGUGUCCCCUGUAAAGAAAGAGCCAGUGGUGGUUCCCGAGAGAAAAACGUAUCCCCAGAGGACAAAUAGGAAGCCACCUGCGCAUCUGGCGGAUGCUUAUGGGCCUGGUAUAUUCUCAUCCCCUGAUACGCCAAAGAAAACAGUUGAAGUUGCAAAGAAGGAGCCAGUCUUGGACCUCGUGCCCAAAGUGGAGGAAAUCCCCAGUUUGAAUUUGGACAUAAUUCCCAUCAACUCGGCCCAGGCACUGCUUGAACCCGAGGCCAUUGAAGAACUGCAAGCUGUUCUGAGUGAUCUUGGUCCAGAAAUACUGAAGCCUUUGGAGGAAGCUAAGGCUGAAAUGGAUGAAGCUCUCAUGGAAGAGGCUGAAGAGCAGAAAGUAAAAGCAGAGGCCAUUGCUGCCAGAAGGAGGAGCUCCUCUAGUAAGGCAUCUGUAACGGCUGACGAUGAAGCUGGGUCACCAUCAAAGAGUGGGCGUCCCCCUAGAAAGGCAGGCCUUAGCAGAGUAACUUCUGAAGCUAUUAAAGAUAUUCAGGCGCCUAGUGAUGAAGAAGACUCCGGGGAUGAGGAAGGUGACGAAGAAUGGGACUCUGAGGAUGAUCCGGACAAGCUAUGGUGUAUUUGUCGAAAACCGCACAACAAUCGGUUUAUGAUAUGCUGCGACAAGUGUGAAGACUGGUUCCAUGGAAAGUGCGUUGGAAUAACUAAGGCUAUGGGCAAACAAAUGGAACUGGAGGGCAAAGAAUGGACAUGUCCAAAGUGCAAAAAGUUACUCAAGCAAAAUGAAAUUCCAACCAAAAUUGGUGAAGAUAACGAAAAGAAAAUUGAAGUUAGCAGUCCGGCUAAAGCAAGAAGAAGCUCCUCAACGUCUUCAGCAGCAUCAACAGCAACAGUUAAAAAGAGUCCUAAACCAGCUCAGCCAGCUGAUAAACCAGAAAAAUCACAAGUUGGAUCAAAACUUAUUUCCAAAAGACCAGAGGCAAAGAAGCUAACUCCGUUGGUUAUUGAACCAACCUCGCUUUCUCAAGCAGCCACACCAGUUAAGAAAGUGUCCUGCUUAGUUUGUAAAAAGCCAGCACGUACAUCCAGUAUUUACUGCAGCGAUGAUUGCAUCUUAAUCCACGCUCAAGAUUCGUUAACGUUACUGAAAAAGGAGAAAGUAUUAACGCCUUUGACUGCAAAGGCCGAAGAUCCUUCAAAAAGUGCUCCCUCCGAAAAUUCGCAAGCAGACACAUCUGAAAAUAGAGUGUUGAUGUUUGAGCAGAAAACUGGAAGAAUUUUGGCAGGAACAAAUGCUCCCACAGAAUCUAACUUAAAAACUUGGUUGAAGGAACACCCAACGUACCAAGUCUGCAAGCCUAAUCUGGUUGCCAAUAUUAGGCAAAAACUUCAAAAAUUAACUGGUGACAAGCAGCAAAUUUACAUCAAACCACAACAUCCUAAAGUUGAGCUCAAUGAUGUGCCCAUACUAGGGUUACCAAUGAGAACUCCCAAAACACCACAAACUCCCAUCAGCAGGACUAUUGUCAUACCCUCUCAACGUCUUCCUUUAACAGGAAAAUCUCCCUCUCCCACAAUCAAGACUGUUAUGAAAGCGGAUGCCAAAGGCACUGCUUCAACCCUACCUGCAGCUGGUACAAAGCAACCUACAGUUAAAACUGUUACCAAAAUCCAGAGUGCUGGAGUUAAGUCUAUCGCACCCAAAAUUGCCAACAAAGAGCAAAGCAGCUCUUCAGCAAAGGUUUCAACUGAAUCGUCUCCUGCAAAGAAGCAAGCAAGUGUCGAAGCAACAAGACUAAGUGUUCGCAAUUCUUUGCAAGACGUUUUCAAAGCUCGAAUGGUAGAGUGCAAAGAUUUGAAAGUGAGUGAAAAUGAGCUGAAAGGAAUAGCCACGUCUAUUGAAGAGGAAUUGUAUGCUUACUUUAAAGAUACUGGAGCAAAAUACAAAGCAAAGUUUAGGAGUAUUCAUUUUAACGUGAAAGAUCCCAAGAAUCUUACCCUCUUCAAGAAGAUAAUAACUGGUGAAUACAUACCUCAUCAGCUUGUACGUUUGAGCUCUGAAGAUCUGGCCUCAAAGGAGCUUGCUGAGUGGAGGGAGCAGGAAGAAAAACAUCAAAUAGAGAUGAUAAAGAAAACAGAGAUGGACCUUCUGCAGCAAAAUGUCACUUACAUCAAAACUCACAAAGGAGAGCAAAUGAUUGAAACUGAGGAUUCACUCAAAUUGCAGACUGAUGCUGUUGAAGCAGAAACUGCAGUCGAGCCCAUUCCUGAUUCGUCCACAGCCGAGGAGGUUCCUAACAUGCGGCCACCCUCUUCGUCAUCAUCUCAUGGUCGCAGUAAAAGUUCUUCGAGCAAAGACAAAGAGCGAAGUACUAGUAGUCACAAACAUCACCACAAAUCUAGUAAGAGCAGCCGACAUCACGACAGUAAAAAGCACUCUAGCAGCCACAAGUCGUCAUCUCACAGCAAAGAAAAGUCUCACUCCAAAGACUCAAAAGAUUCCAGCAAGGAAAAGGAUGCAAAAACCAAGAGCGAUUCUCACUCUAAGAGCAGCAGUAAUAGUCGAAGGCACUCACGACAUGGCAGCUCUGACCAUAAAACUCGCGAUUCCGAAGAGAAGUCGUCAAGGAGUAGCUCGUCACUCAGCAAGACGUCGGAUUCUAAAUCUAUCAGUAAAGACAAAGUAACACCUGUAGUGGAGGAGCUGUCUGAAAGCGCAAAGGAAAUAAUGGAGAAGUUGGAAAAGAUAAAAUCUGGAACAUUGACACCUGCAGUGAUCCCUCCUGAAGAAGAGACACUCUCAGACAGAGAACCCAGCUCUACUGUCAACAUCAAGACUCCAGAAAGUGUUGUUGAUGAAGGCCACCCUCCCAUUUGGAAGGGUUUGGUCACCUCGCAGGAUGUCUCAAAUUUCAAAAUAUCUAUAUACGAGGUUUCUGGGUCGGCUCAAAAUUUUGGGAGCGAUUUUCCCAAAGAAUGUGACAUUGUUGGAAGGAUUGCUGCUGACACUGUUGAGGAUUACAUAACAAAAGUCAAGAAAGUGGGAACAAAGGAUAUUAUGGUGGUUAAAUUGAUGGCAACUAGUCCUGAAGAUAAACAAAGUUACAUUACAUACUACAAUUAUCUGCUCAAUCGGAACAGAUUUGGUGUUGUCGGCAAAAAAGGUUCCAAAAUAAAAGACUUCUACAUCUUUCCCUUGCCAAGCAAGUCACCAGUGCCACAGUUUCUGCUUCCUUUUGACGGCCCUGGAUUAGAUGAAAACAGGCCCAAUCUUCUCUUAGGGGUUGUAGUGCAAAUGUAUCGAAAACGCGCUGCAGACAGUGGUGCAUCUGCUGGACCCAGCAAAAUUUCCAAGAGCAGCUCCAAAUUUGAUGAUCGUAGCUACACUCCACCUUUGCCAGACUCGGAAAAAUCUGCAGUCAGCAGCAAUUCAGUGGAGCCGUAUUCGCCAACUCAGGCCAAAAUUAAGAAGGUGAAAGUCACCCCGACUGAGGAAGACGAGCCGUACAGUCCAACUGGAGGGCUCAACAGUCCUGAUGACAUUGAAAUGCCCCUUGCCAGCGAGCUUGAGGAGCUUAACAGAAAAAUCGAGGAAGAAAAGUUGAGGAUUGAAACAAUCAGCAGUGAGCUUGUCUGCACAAAGAGCACAGGUCCUUUUGGAGAGCCUGUACAGGUUGCUACUUUUUUGUCGAAUAUAACUUCAGAUCUGGUUUCUUCUCAGCCAAGUGCAAUCCCUGGCCUAUCCGAGACCAUUGUCGAGUCAUCUGGGGUCACUUUGAAAGGCUCUUUAGCAAUGGACAAGGGAGACGAUGAUAGUGAAGCUUACAGUCCAUCUCGAUCUUUUACCCCUCCUCCUCAGGCGCAGUCAAUUCCAUUCUUCAAUGAUACAUCAACCAUCUCCCUACCUUCAAAUUUACAAGAAAUCCUGGCCAGUAUUACUAAGAAACCAUCUGUACCAGAAGCUUUAUCCAUGGGUCUUGCUUUAGACUGCGACCCCAUUGUCCGGGAAUAUGCUGACGAGACUUUGGAGGAGCCGGUAACACCACCUUUGGAUUCAACAACCAAAGCCCUGAUGGAAAUUGAGCAGUUUGAAAGUGACAUGAAGAACUACGCACUAUCUCAGUCAUGUGCUGAACAGCCGAGAGACCCCAGACAGAAGCAGACACAGAAGACGGAAAAGCAGUCGGCCCUGAGCAAGAUGAGCGAGGCUGAUUUGAUAGCAAAGGCCAACGAGAUGUUGAUGGAGCAGGAAAUCGCUGCGAUGCCUGCCAAACCCCCGCAAGCCAUACCCUUUGUCCCACCUCCACAAACAGGGUUCCCACAAAUGCAUGUGCCGCCCCCAAUGCCUCCGAUGGUGCCCUCUGUCUUUGACAUUCCUCCGCCACCUCCAGGCAUAGACUUCAAGGACCAGGACAUGAGGCAGCUGCAGCAGCCCCCGUCUUCCUCAUCAAACGAGAGGAAAGGAAUAUCAUUCAAAGUGACCAAAAAGCCAAACUUGCCAAGAUGGGACAGGAAACGGCAAGACGACUGGGACACAGACAGCAGCGGUACUUCAUAUAGCAAGCGGGGACGCUUGUCGCCUCUCCCAAAGUAGGAUGGGUGGUAUCGUGAAUUGGAGACGUUCGAUUUAAUCUGCAUCAUUUUGUCACAUAAUGUGGUUGUAUUUUACUAUAGAUAGCGAUUGUCCACAAUUUAACUGCAUUAUUUGAUGCCUCUCCAUUCCUUUAGUUGCAUUUAAUUGCUUUAUGCGGUUUUGUUUGAGACACAUAUGUAAUUGUUUUUUCUUUCUGGUCUCUGAUGACCAGCAUUUGAAUUGUCGUAUGUUUGUAAAUUUUUGUACCUUAUUAUUUUGGCACAAAAUGUGUGUAACAGUCAGAAAAUCUACAAUUUUGUCACUGUCAUUUUGGGCACUGUACGUAUAUGUAAAAUGGAACAUGAAAAACGUGCUUUUUGAGAGUAUGUGCAAAUAUGGAAGGUAACUGAGGAAUAGGCCUCUCUCAAAUCUUUGCAUUAAUUUUUGUUAAAGGUAUCAAAAACUAUCUUGCUAAUACCACAAUAAAAAAUUCAUAGAAAUUAUGUUAGAAUCAAAUGAAUG